CUCAAAAUUCCACCCAUUUUCAACAAAGCAAGCAUCAAACAAACAAAUUCCACCAUGUCCAUACCACAAACCCACCUCAUCGCCUACCCUUUCCCAACAUCCGGUCACAUAAUACCCCUCAUCGACCUUACAAAAAACCUCAUCACUCGCAACAUAAACGUCACUGUUUUAUUAACUCCAUCAAACCAACACCUACUUCCUCCAAACUAUUCCCCUCUUCUCCAAACUCUUGUUCUUCCAUCACCUCAAUUCCCAAACCCAAACCAAAAUCGACUUAUUGCCACAAUCACUUUCAUGCACCAACAUCACUACCCGAUUAUCCUUCAGUGGGCCCGGGUUCACCAUUUACCACCUUCAGCCAUCAUCUCUGACUUUUUCCUUGGUUGGACUCAUCUCCUCGCACGUGAUCUCGACGUGCCACGCUUAGUGUUUUCCCCUUCUGGUGCCUUCGCCCUUUCUAUAUCCUUUUCCUUAUGGCGUGACUUGCCUCAAAAUGACAACCCGGAUGAUCCUAAUUCCGUCGUUUCGUUCCCGAAUCUGCCAAAUUCUCCGUUUUACCCCUGGUGGCAAAUUUCUCAUUUGUUUAGAGAUAAGAAAGUGGAACAAGAUUGGGAGAUGAUGAGAACCAUGUUUCUCUUUAAUCUUGAUGCUUGGGGUGUUGUUUUCAACUCUUUCAUUGAUUUGGAACCAGCUUACUUUGACCACAUAAAGAAAGAACUUGGACAUGAAAGAGUUUGGGCCGUCGGUCCAGUUUUGCCACUUGAUUCCGGUACUGAACCGGAAGAAAGAGGUGAGGCCAGCACCGUUUCAUGCCUGGAACUCACCACGUGGCUGGAUAAGCGUGAGGACCGGUCAGUUGUUUAUGUUUGCUUUGGGAGUCGUACAUUUCUCACGACAGCUGAGAUGGAUGUGCUGACAAGUGCAUUGGAGUUAAGUGGAGUCCAUUUCAUAUUAUCUGUGAGGGUUCCGGAUGAGCGACGUGUGGAGGAGGAUUGUGGAAAGAUAUCGAGUGGUUUCAUCGAACGAGUGAGGGAAAGAGGGUUCGUCAUUCAGGGAUGGGCAUCGCAGUUGGUGAUACUGGGUCACCGUGCAGUAGGUGCAUUCUUGACUCAUUGUGGGUGGAACUCUGUGUUAGAAGGGUUGGUUUCUGGUGUGGUGAUGCUCACGUGGCCUAUGGGUGCCGAUCAAUAUACGAAUGCAAAGUUGUUAGUGGACCAGUUAGGUGUGGCGGUUCAAGCUGCCGAAGGGGAUGAGAAGAUUCCAGAAAUAAAUGAUCUUGUGAAGGUAAUAAAAGGGUCUCUGGGAAGGACAAAAGAGAGGGUGCGAGCUGAAGAGCUGAGGGAUGCUGCAUUGGGUGCCAUUAAGGAAAAUGGAAGUUCUCAAAAACAGUUGGAUGCACUAGUGAAAGAGCUUAAUGAACUUAAGAAUGACUAAUUCACGAUUUGCAUGUUUUAAAAGAAAAUGUUUCGGUUUCAAGUGAUCGGUGAUUCAAUGAGAAGUCUAAGACGCAUGUUUCAAGUUUCAACCCUUCAAUGUGGUGUUGGUUUGGUUCUACUUUUCUUCAACUAUGUUAAGAUUUUACAUGAAACGGGGAAUCAUAGCUUUUAUGGUAAGCCAGCCCCCCAAAUAAGUACAUCUGUUAUUGUUUUUUGAGAGAUGACGUUUCCUUUUAUUCCUUCAUUACUCUUCUGUUGUUGCACAUUAUAGGCACUGAUUAGAAAUCCCUUGUAUUCCUU